CUAGCUGUUGAAAGAGAAAUCCAGUUUAGGAUGCUUGUUUCCUACCCCUUGAAAUGAAUCUGAAUCAAAAUGUGGGCAACUUCAUUUCAUAUUUGUGGAUGGAUCCAGGAUUUUGUAAAGGGCGAGUGGGAGCAGGGGGGAGCAGGAGCAGCAACCAGUGCUGCAAGGAUGGCUACCCUGCAAUGCUUCCAACCUCCCGUGGCCCCGCCAGGGUGGGCAGACUACAGCAGCAGGGACUUUAAAUUUCUCAAUCCAGUAAGAAUCUUCCCCUCCACACCCAGGGGCACAUCCUCUUUCCUCCUGUCCCCUCCUCCCUGUUCCUCCUCUUCCUCACCCACUGCUGCUGCUCCUCUCUCCACUGUCCCCAGCUGAUUUGGAGGUGGUGCAGGGCGGGGGUGGCUCCAGAACCACUCCUGCACCACUCCAGCUGGGCUGCACAUGGAACCAGGGUUGGGCAGAGAUGGCAGCAGUGAUGGUGGUUGUGGUAGCAGUUGCUGGACCAUGCCUACUCCUGGGCUGGCAGAGACCACCUGGGGAAACUUGCCUGUCACUGCCACUGUACCCAACUGAGUCCAGCUCCCUGCAGAGCCCCGCUAAAGCAGACAGAAGUGGCUUUGGAGCCUUCCCUCACCCCAGGAACAGUGGCAGUGAUGGGCAGGGGAGGGGUAGGAAGAAGAUGGGAGGUACCACUAAACAUGGUGGUGAAGGGGGCAGGGGUGGAAUACUUGCUUGCUUUGGAGACUUAAAAAAAAGUCCCCAGUUGCUGUUUCUGUGUCACUGACUGAAAGGGGAGUGUGUCCACACCGCUGCACCACCUCUGGAUCCACCCCUGCCUGUCUUGCAUUGGGAUGGGGUGACUUUUAUGCCUGUAUGGAGCUGCCAUGAAUGUAAUGUAGAGCCACACCAAGGAAAGGGUCUCAUUGUAUGGAUUCAGUUGCAAGAUCAGAAUCUAAUUGGUUUACCUUUUUGUAGCUGAGAAGUCUUAACCUUUGUUCAGUGAGAUCACUACUUAAUACUCUUAAAUGUCUCAUCAUUAGUUGGGCUCCCUUUGUCUUCCUCUCUUUCUCUGCUGUCUCUCUCUAAGCCCUUUGGAGUUGGGACUUUGUUUUUAUCAAAUAUGUUUAAAAUUUAGUACAAUGGGGCUACAGUUACUAAGUCUCAUGAUACCUGACAUGUAAUUAAUCAAUUUUGAAUGAUAUUUUGUGAUAUGGUCUUAAAUUGCAAUUAAUGCAAAAGACCCAACAUAAGUCUCCUGCACUCCUGAUAAAUCAAACUGACUUGACGUUUAUAACUGGCUAUGCUGUGACGGCUGGAGCUGCAGAAAGACUUGUAUUUGGAUAUGACAGCUAUGGGAAUAUAUGUGGCAGGAAGAACAUCCCUAUUGAAGGGGCACCCCUUUCUGGACAGGAUAUGACAAGUAAAAAAUUCGUGUUCUUUUUGAAUUCCUGCAAUCUGGAAAUCAAAGAUCUUAAAAUCAAUUCAGUUGCCUUGUGUGUGUCUAGCUGUCCACAAAAGCAACUUAACUCUUUGGAAGACAUCCAACUUUUUGCAAAGAACAAUGAUUCUUGCCUUUGUGUUUAUAACUUGAAUGUUUCCAGUUAUACACUAAAUCCAAAAGCAGCUGAGCUGUGCCCCACACUACCAGUUCCACCAAGCAAAUCCUUCCCAUUGUUUAAUCGAUGUGUUCCACAAAGCCCUGAAUGCUAUUCACAGUUUGCAUCUGUCUUAAUAAAUGUAAUCAAUGGAGUGGACAUUUUUCAUCACAUUCUUAGUGGAAUAAUGGCAGGAAGAGAUAUUAUAAUAGGACUGAGUGUCCUUGCACUAGCUUUCUCUCUGAUAAUGGUUUUAACCUUCAAAUUCAUCACUACACUUUUGGUCCAUAUUUUCAUUACGCUGGUUGUGUUUGGAUUGUUAUUUGUUUCAGGUGUUCUCUGGUGGUUGUACUAUGAUUAUACUAACAGCUCCAGCAUAGAACUGGAAACUGAAAAGGAAAAUGUGAAGUUUUUACUUGGAUUUGCUAUUUUAUCUACAGUGAUUACGGUUGUUCUACUUGUCCUCAUAUUUGUACUAAGAAAGAGGAUUCAGCUGACUAUACAGCUCUUCCAGGUUGCAAGUAAAAUAAUUACCAAGAUCCCUUUUCUGCUGUUCCAGCCAUUUUGGACCUUUCUGAUUCUCAUUUUCUUCUGGGUAUUCUGGGUUGCUGUGCUACUUAGCUUAGGAACUGCAGGGAGUGUGCAAAUCAUUUCAGGAGGACAAGUUGAAUAUAAAGUACUGUCUGCCAUUCGUUUCAUGUGGUGGUACCAUUUAAUUGGUCUCAUCUGGACUAGUGAAUUCAUCCUGGCUUGUCAGCAAAUGACUAUUUCUGGGGCAGUGGUUACUUGCUACUUCAAUCGAAAUAAAAGUAGCCCGCCAAGUCACCCGAUCCUAUCUUCCAUAUCAGUUCUUUUCUGCUAUCAUCUAGGAACAGCUGUAAAAGGGUCAUUUUUGAUCACUUUACUGAGAAUACCAAGGACUAUUCUCAUGUACAUUUAUAAUACUUUAAAAGAAAAGGAGAGUGUGUGUGCCAGAUGCUUGUUCAAAAGCUGUUUCUGUUGCUUUUGGUGCUUGGAAAGGUGCCUAAGAUACUUUAACCAGCAUGUGUACACAACAACAGCUAUAAAUGGGACAAAUUUUUGUACCUCAGCAAAGGAUGUUCUCUUUAUUUUAGCAAAGAAUUCUACUGCUAUGGCAUCCAUUAACUGCUUUGGAGACUUUAUCAUUUUCCUAGGGAAGGUGUUUGUUGUAUGUUUUACUGUUUUUGCAGGAUUAAUGGCUUUUAACUACCAUCGUGAGUUACACGUGUGGGUAGUUCCACUCUUGCUGGUUUCAUUUUUUGCCUACCUAGUAUCCCACAACUUUUUAUCAGUGUUUGAAGUAGUUGUGGAUACGCUAUUCCUUUGCUUUGUUAUUGAUAUAGAAACAAACGAUGGAUCUACAGAGAAGCCAUACUUCAUGGAUCAAGACUUACUGAGCUUUGUGAAGCAGAGCAACAAGCUAAAUGAGGAGAAAAAGCACAAUAACAGGAAAACCCUCCAGAAUAGUGAUGAUGGGACAGAGCUCCAGCCUAUGGUGAGAUGGCAACAAAGGCUGUGCAACGUGGACGUCAGAUAAUCGUUGUCUCCCAUCGUGUAUUAAAAAAGACUGGGCAUAGACUGUAAAUAUUUAUUUCCUGACCCUGGUUUAUUUCUCUGUCCUCCUCCCUCAUCAUCAUCAUCAGUGCUGACACAAGAACAUCAGAGUUAGUUCCUAAAGGGGCUGAAUUCUGGUUGUAUGUGGCCAGCAGUGAAUUUUCUGCUGCUGUAAAAUGGACAGAACUGACUUCUGUGCUAGCCAUUUUUUCCCCUGACCCAAUGUAAGGAGCAUAUUGGGGAGAAAAGGGAUGGAGAGGAGCAGGAAGAGUGAGUGCCAGGGCCCUGGCUCAUUCUAUUGGGCCUGCAUGGACAUAAAGACUGAUUGGAUCUGUAUGCCUGUGGUGCAAGUUAGAGCAGCCCAAGGCUUCCCUGGGGCUGGAGUAGAUUCCCAGCUUCCCUGCACCAAGCAAUGUUCUGAUGAAGGGAAAGGCUGCUGGUUCUGAAGUGACCUUCUUAUUUGACUUCUGCUGUUGUUUAAAACUGAUGAGAUGCAAGAAAGGAGAAGCGCUCCAAAGGGCUAUUUCAGCCUUGAAGACUAUAAGAAUAAAGCUUACCGGUUGACCUCAAUGGAGCUAUGCCAAUGUAUUCCAGCUGAGGACAGCCCCACUAUUUAGAACUGUGUGAUUGUCACACACACCCAAGAAGCCAGGAGCAAGAGCUGGCUGAUAAAGGUUCUGCAGUAGCAGUUGCUUUUUAUCCUGCUAAAGCGCACUAGGGACAAAAAUAAAAUCUAUCUUUUGGUGA